GUCUCGCGCCUCUCUCUCCCCGCCCCCUCCCUCCCUCCGUCCCUCUUCCGCGCGUCCCUCCCCGCCCGGCUGGAGGCUGCUCGGGACCGGGACGCACAGUCCGCGGACGCGGCGCCGAGGCGGCCACCCGAGACGCGGCGCGCACGCUCCGGCCCGCGCCCGGCCAGGCCAUGGCGGCCCCCCGCCCGCCUCCCGCCAUCUCCGUCUCGGUCUCGGCUCCGGCUUUUUACGCCCCGCAGAAGAAGUUCGGCCCUGUGGUGGCCCCAAAGCCCAAAGUGAAUCCUUUCCGGCCCGGGGACAGCGAGCCCGCCCCGGCAGCCGGGGCCCAGCGCGCACAGAUGGGCCGGGUGGGCGAGAUCCCCCUGCCGCCCCCGGAAGACUUUCCCUUACCUCCCCCUCCGCUCCUUGGGGAUGGCGACGACGAGGGUGCUCUGGGAGGUGCCUUCCCACCCCCGCCUCCCCCGAUCGAAGAACCAUUCCCCCCUGUGCCUCUGGAGGAGGAGAUCUUCCCUUCCCCGCCGCCUCCCCUGGAGGAGGAGGGAGGGCCUGAGGCCCCCGCACCGCUCCCACCACAGCCCAGGGAGAAGGUGAGCAGUAUUGACCUGGAGAUCGACUCUCUGUCCUCACUGCUGGAUGACAUGACCAAGAAUGAUCCCUUCAAAGCCCGGGUGUCAUCUGGAUAUGUACCCCCACCAGUGGCCACUCCAUUCAUUUCCAAGUCCAGUACAAAACCUGCAGCUGGGGGCACAGCGCCCCUGCCUCCUUGGAAGGCCCCUUCCAGCUCCCAGGCUGCGCCCCUGGCUCCAGCUCAGCCUCAGAGCCAGACACAGUUCCAUGUGCAACCCCAGCCCCAGGCCAAGCUUCAGGUCCAACCCCAGGCCCCGCCCCAGCCUGCGUCUUUGGCUAACACCCAACCCCUAGGUCCCCCAGCCCCAUCUCCAGCUCCAGCUCCAGCUCCUAAGUUUUCUCCAGCAACUCCCAAGUUUACUUCUGUGGCUUCCAAGUUCAGCCCUGGAGCCCCAGGUGGACCCGGGUCACAGCCCAGUCAAAAAUUGGGGCCCCCCGAAGCUCCCUCUUCCACUGGCAAAGGCUCCCCUCAGCCCCCCAGCUUCACCUAUGCUCAGCAGAGAGAGAAGCCCCGAGUGCAGGAGAAGCAGCACCCAGUGGCCCCGCCGGCUCAGAACCAAAAUCAGGUGCGCUCCCCUGGGGCCCCAGGGCCCCUGACUCUGAAGGAGGUGGAGGAGCUGGAGCAGCUGACCCAGCAGCUGAUGCAGGACAUGGAGCACCCUCAGCGGCAGAAUGUGGCGGUCAACGAGUUCUGUGGCCAGUGCCGCCAGCCCCUGGCGCGGGGGCAGCCCGCUGUGCGCGCACUGGGGCAGCUGUUCCAUAUCGCCUGCUUCACCUGCCGCCAGUGCGCACAGCAGCUGCAGGGGCAGCAGUUCUACAGCCUGGAGGGGGUGCCCUACUGCGAGGGCUGCUACACUGACACCCUGGAGAAGUGCAACACCUGCGGGCAGCCCAUCACCGACCGCAUGCUGAGAGCCACGGGCAAGGCCUACCACCCGCAGUGCUUCACCUGCGUGGUCUGCGCCUGCCCGCUGGAGGGCACCUCCUUCAUCGUGGACCAGGCCAACCAGCCCCACUGCGUCCCUGACUACCACAAGCAGUACGCCCCGAAGUGCUCCGUCUGCGCUGAGCCCAUCAUGCCUGAGCCUGGCCGAGAUGAGACUGUGCGAGUGGUCGCUCUGGACAAGAACUUCCACAUGAAGUGUUACAAGUGUGAGGACUGUGGGAAGCCCCUGUCGAUUGAGGCUGAUGACAAUGGCUGCUUCCCCCUGGAUGGCCACGUGCUUUGUCGGAAGUGCCACACUGCUAGAGCCCAGACCUGAGUGAGAGGACCAGCCCUCCAGAUUGUGGACCACCCACACUGAGACCAACUGCCCCCCAACCCGUCCGUCCAUCCACCCGCCCCAGUUAUUGUUUUGAUGUCCAGCCCUUCCCUCCAUCCCAAACCCCACCUCAGUGUCCCAAGUGCCCUGACCCAGGGCCCCAAUAUGCCUAGGGAUGCAGAGUCCCUGCCCUGGGCUCUAGUCCUUGCCUGCCCUUCAGGGAUCACCCACCGUCCUCCAGGUGCCCACCUGAGGGGGCACCAGGUUUAGUGCUGCUGCUUUCACUGCUGCGCCCACGCCCUUGGCCGGCCCGAGCAGCCUCUGUACUCUGCUUGCUGAGGGCCCGAGAUGCCCUGACCCUCUGGGAGCCUGGGCUGACCGGCCUGGACACUCCCACCUUCCCCUGUGCUGCCAGGUUGUGGCUACAGCUACAAAUAAAAAACCUUGUUUUCCAUAA